AUUCUUGAAUGUGAUUGGUUUACUCAAGGUCAGCUACUAAUUUGCGGUGUAAACAAGAAAAACAAGUUGCAGGAUAUGUUAUUUGAAUAAUCAUGUGGCGACAACCAUCGUUAAAACUAUGUCAGCAUUUGAACAAGCCAGGUGUUGCAUAUGGCAACCAGUGUGUGCGCAUGAUAAGUUCCAAAGGAACACUUGCAAUACGACGCGAGACAAUCAAUGUUUGGGAGCGCCGUGCUCCCCUCUCUCCUAGCCAGGUGGCAAGCUUGGUCAAACAAGGCUUCAAAGUCAUUGUACAGCCUUCCAACAGGAGAGCCUAUAAUAUGCAGGAAUAUUCUGACCGCGGGGCAACAAUCCAGGAAGAUAUUUCCGAAGCGUCGGUUGUGAUUGGCGUGAAAAACAUACCGGAGGAUCUCCUGAUACCAGACAAGACCUACUGUUUCUUCUCACACACUAUCAAGGCACAGAAAGACAACAUGCCUCUACUGGACGCAAUCCUUGAAAAAAAUGUACGUCUGAUAGACUAUGAGAAGAUGGUGGACAAGAACGGUCAGCGAGUCGUGGCGUUUGGGAAGUAUGCAGGUGUGGUGGGAAUGAUCAACAUUCUACAUGGGAUGGGCCUAAGAUUGCUGGCACUGGGUCAUCAUACACCCUUCAUGCAUAUCGGUCCCAGUCACAACUAUAGGAACAGCGAGGCUGCAAGACAGGCUGUUAGAGAUGCGGGCUACGAAAUCGCACUUGGCAGGAUGCCAAAAUCUAUUGGACCACUGACGUUUAUAUUCACAGGAUCGGGCAAUGUCUCAAAGGGUGCCCAAGAAGUCUUUCAGGAACUCCCACACGAGUAUAUUGAGCCCGACCACCUGCCCAAAGUGGCCAAGAAAGGAUCACUGAAGAAGGUAUAUGGGUGCGAGGUGAGUCGAGACGAUCACUAUGUGAGGAUAGAAGGAGGCAAGUUUAAUGCUGAUGAGUUUGAUGCACAUCCCGAUCGCUAUGUGUCUGUCUUCAGUCAUAAGGUGGCCCCGUAUUCCUCCUGCAUCAUCAAUGGCAUCUACUGGGCCCCUGGAGCACCCAGAAUUCUCACGAUCCCCGAUGCCAAGACCCUUUUGAAGUCCCAGCAGUAUCCAUGGUUACCGUCCAGCAUGGGUUGCCCCCAGUUACCUCACCGUCUCAUUGCCCUCUGUGAUAUCUCAGCCGAUCCUGGUGGCUCGAUCGAGUUCAUGAAGGAAUGUACGACCAUUGACAAGCCAUUCUGCCUUUAUGAUGCGGAGCUGAAUCAGGAAACCGAAAGUUUUAAGGGGGAUGGUGUGCUGAUCUGCUCCAUUGACAACAUGCCUGCCCAGAUGCCAAGGGAGGCCACUAAGUACUUCGGGAGCCUGCUGCUACCCUACAUUCCAGAUAUAAUGAGAUCAGAUGCCAAAACUUCGUUUGAGGACUUUGAUACAACACCUACUGUGAAAAAUGCGGUGAUAGCCUCUAACGGCCGACUGACUCCCAACUUUGCAUAUAUCACUGAGCUGAGAAAGAAGAAUCAGUCUGCCAAGAAGAGUCGUGUGGUCCCCAAUCAGAAGAAGGUGCUGGUACUGGGGGCUGGGUAUGUGUCUGGUCCCGCAGUGGAGUACCUGACCAGGGAUAAGAAUAUCAGGGUCACAGUAGUUUCUCAAAUCAAAGAAGAGCUAGACUCCAUUGAGGCUCGAUGUCCGAAUGUGGACAUUAUGCUGCUGGACAUUAUGCGGCACCAGGAGGAGCUGGAUAAACUUGUGCCGGAUCACGACAUUGUUGUCAGCCUGCUGCCUUACCUCAUGCACCCGGAGAUUGCCAAGUAUUGCAUCAAGCACAAGAGAAACAUGGUGACCGCCAGCUAUGUGUCACCUGCUAUGAAGGCUCUACAUAAAGCAGCCUUGGAUGCCAAUGUGACGAUUGUGAAUGAGGUCGGAGUGGAUCCUGGUAUUGACCACAUGCUGGCUAUGCAGUGCUUUGAUGAAGUGAAAAAAGCAGGCGGCAAGAUCAGCUCCUAUGUCUCAUACUGCGGAGGCUUGCCUGCACCUGAAGAUUCCAAGACACCACUCGGCUAUAAAUUCAGCUGGUUCCCCAAAGGUGUCCUGAUGAACUGUCUCAGUGGAGCAAAGUAUCUAAAAAAUGGACAGGUUGUGGAGAUUUCAGGCCAGGGAGGGCUAUUGGAUGCGGCAGAGCAUCUCAACUUCAUGCCCGGUUUUAACCUUGAGGGAUUCCCCAACCGGGACUCCACCAUCUAUACUGACGCUUACGGCAUCAACGACGCUCACACAUGCAUAAGGGGGACCAUUCGCUACAAGGGUUUUGCCAACGUUGCUAAGGGCCUGAUGAAGCUGGGACUCCUGAGUAGUGAGGAGAGCUCCAGUCUGCACCCCAACGGACCAGAGAAGACAUGGAGACAGUACUUCUGUGGGAUGUUUGGAAAGUCAUCUGAUCUACUUGAGGACUCCUUGAAGGAUCUUGUUUUUGAGGCUGUUGGACAAAAUGAACAUCGUUUGGAUGCCAUUGUUAGACUGGGUCUGCUUGGUGAAGAGCUGAUUGACAAGAAGGGGACGCCCAUUGACACCCUGUCCAACUAUCUCUCCAAGAGACUUGCCUUCGCGCCUGGAGAGAGGGAUAUGAUCCUCAUGCAGCAUGACAUUGGGGUGCAGUGGUUCAAUGGACAGAAAGAGCACCGGGGCGUGAGUCUUGUCAUGUAUGGCGACUCUGACCCAAAGGGGUAUUCUGCCAUGGCCAAAACUGUGGGGCUCCCCACGGGCAUUGCAACCAGAAUGGUCCUUGAUGGUGAGAUUCAGAAGAAAGGAAUGUGUAUCCCUCUGUCCAGUGACAUAUACGAGCCCAUGCUUGCACGUCUGAAGAAGGAAGGCAUCGUUGCUAGGGAAACCAUUGAGUCUGUGUAACCAUAGCAACCAAAGAUUUCAUCCCCACCAAGCUGUCACAGUUUGGUCAUUGCUUUACAAUUGUUUGAAGGUGUCAAAACUAAGUUGCAGUAACAACUGUUAGAUUGUGAAUGUGAAACAAGUGUACUGUUUAGCACGGUUUACAGUUAGAACUUUAGGAAACCAUUUAUAUUUGGAAACUUUUUAUUUAUAUUUUAUGAUUUUUGUAAAAACAAUUACAUUACGGAAUUAUGCUCAACUUCAACUUACAUGAUUUGGUUUUUAUUUUUACCAGUAGGAUGGCAUAUAGUAGUUGCACUGUCUGUCUGUUAGUCCCUCCGUCUGUCUGUUCGUCCGGCAUUCUGUUUUCCAGAGGUUUUUUAAUGCCACGCCUCUAGUUAUGGAGCUGAUUUUUUUAUGUGAGUCUACCUACAUAAACUACAGAUGCAGUGUGAAAUUUGUUCUGAUCCAUUGAUUUUUUGUGAAGUUAUGGGCUUAGGACUAAGAAUUGUUCAACAUAAUUACUGUUUUCCAAAGGUUUUUUAUGCAACGCUUUCAGAUAUUGAGCUGAUUUUUGGUAUGUGAGUCUACUUUCAUGACCUACAGAUGAAUUCAUUCCGGUCCAUUGAUUUUUGGCAAAGUUAUGGGCCUUGAACUUAGAUUUUUUUUAUAAUUACUGUUUUCUUGAGGUUUUUGAUGAUGCUUUCAGAUAUUUAGCUCACUUUUGGUUUGUGAAUCUACCUACAUGACUUACAGACAAAGAGUGAAAUUUGCUUGUUUUUUUAUUUAAGAAGGCUUUCAGAUAUUGAGCUGAUUGUUGGUUUUUUAGAAAACCUACAUGACUUACAGAUGAAGUGUUUGUUUCAUUCGGGUUUGCUGAUUUUUGGCUAAGUUAUGGGCCUUGUUUUCUCAAAAAUAGCUGCUGUGGGACUUCAAAGUGCAGUAGAGGGCAUUAUGUUUCACAAACGCAGCUCUUGUUGUUUUUGCAGUUGUUGACAAUAAAUUUUAGAUCAAUUUAUCGUUCAAAUGUAUAUUGUUCUGUUAUUUAAUGAAUUAUGCUACAAAAAGAAUGGACGUUUGUUGGUGAUUAUCAAUGUAUUGAACAAAUUUAUUUUGAGUGUUUAUAUAUUUGUACAAUUGUUGUUGAAACUUUAACCUUAACCAGAUAAGCAGACUAAAUUGUAGUGUUUUAUACAAUUGUCCAUAAACAAAGUGUAUUUAUUUCUUAAUGAUAAUGAAAAAACAAUACUAAUAGUGUUUACAAUAUGUGUUUUUCAGUCAUAAUAUCUAGUGCAUGACUGCAUGUAUGUUUUAUCAGUAGUACAAAGCCAUGUUGACAUUUGUCCAUUUUUAUUUGUCCUAAUGGAUUCAUUAGAUCUGAGCUUAUUAUUUUAUAAUUAUGUAAAGGUCUGUUUUGUUAGGGAAUUUCUUACAAAUCCGGGUUGAAGUAAGGGCCAACAUGGAAUUACCUUUUGUAAUGAUGAUAGGCAUUGCAUGUACAGGGUCAAUAAAUAGUCCAGAUUUUUUUACGGUAAUAAUAUUGUGUAUUGUCCCUCAUAGGACCCAUAUAUAAAUGAUUUUACAAAAAGAUGCAUAUCUUUUGUAAGCAUAUUCAAGUUAAAUAAUAUCACUCUUAUAAUGAACCAUUCCCAAUAUGCAAAAAGGCCAAUCCUGGUUAUUAGAUUGGGAUAUGGCAUUGGCAGGAAACCUGUGGCGCAAACCAAGUGGUUUCUGGUUAAUAUCUUAUGCUUGCAUUGACAAAUCAUGAUGAAUCUCUUGAUAAGUUAAUCUAGCAUGAAGACCAAGCUUUUUGGGGGCUAGUCAAAAGCAAGGUCAGUGUUGAUUAAAGGGGCCUUUUCACAGAUUUUGGCAUGUUUUGAAGUUUGUAAUUAAAUGCUUUAUAUUGAUAAAUGUAAACAUUGGAUCUAAAAAGCUCCAGUAAAAAAUCAAGAAUAAAAUUUAAAAAAGGAAAAAAAAGUAGCCCACAGCUGGGCUCGAACCAGUGACCCCGGAGUCCUGGAGUAAAAACCAAUUAGACCGCUCGGCCAUCCUGCCAAGUAUGUACAAGAGACGUAUUUUAUACUUUAUAUAAGCAAUCUUCGUAGUUUCACAAAAGUAAACGACAAAAACAGAAGUCUCCAAAUUAUUCAAUGGUUUCGCGUUGCAACGCUUUAUAAUUUUCAGGUAUUUAAAUCGUCAAAAGAUGCAUAUAAUGAGUAUAUUAGACCAUGGUAAAUGUUCAGUAUUACUGUUUCCUCACAAAUAUCAUAACUAAAACGAAAAUUUGCGAAUCUGAAACAACUUUUUUCAAUUUUGUCAAUUUACCAAAACGUGAAAAGAUCCCUUUAAUAUAGGGAAACUACCCACCAAAUAAUUUAGUAUGGAUGUUGGUAUGGAACUGAAAAUUUGUAUGUUCAAAGCUUGCAUGGAGACAAGGCUUGCAAUUGUAUUUUGGGUAGGUCAAGGUCUCUGUUACUUAGAAUAGAAAAACUAGAUCAACUGAACAGCUAGGGAUGGGAAAAAUGUAUUGCAUUGAUAUUUUAUUUAGAUAGCCGACACCUUCCUUCAGCGUCCAUUUUGUGAUAGUCCUGUUAAAGUCAAUGUCUCUGUUACUAAAAUAGGAAAAAAAAAUGUAUGAACAAUAAUUUGAGUUUUAAUAGAGACAUUGUGCUGGCAAUUUGUGUAUUGGUAGCUUACAUAUAACGCUUGGGAUUCCUCUUGGAUCCAGUUGGUUCAAGGUCAAGGUCAAUGUUACUAAACAUUGGUAGCUUACGUGCAAACCUAGCUUGGGGUUAUUUUAGAUAAUUUUUAGCUCGGCUGUUGUCAUAGCCAGCUCGUUGUCCGCCAUGCUAAAACAUUAACAUUGGCUCUAAAAUCAAAGUGCUUCCACCUAGGGCUCACACGGGUCAAAAAUAUUCGUCGGGUCGGGUCGGCGGGUCAAAAUUUAAAUACCCGAGAAAAUUCGGGUUGGGUCGGGUCAUAUAAUACAGAAGUAAAUUAAAUUAAAAGUACAUUAAUUUUCAUAGCAUGUUUUAGAGUCUUAAAUAUUCAACUGUUUGUCAAGUAUAUUGUUUAGAAUAUUAUACUUUUUAUUGGUUUGAUUUAUUCAAUUAUGAAUGAAAUACCCAACUGCACAUAACUAUUUAUUAGGUUUACACAACGUUGUUGAACUUAAUCAGCAAAUAUUAGUAUUACUUGGAAUAGCAAUAAACAGUACAUGUAUAAGAAAAACUACGUGUCAAGCACAAAUUAAGCUUCUCAAAUUUUGAGGGGAGAAGCAAAAAAUAACUUUAACUGUAAGCUCUAACUGCCUUUUCUACUUUGAAGUCGAUAUAUUUUAUUAUACAUGUUUAUUUUUUUAACGUUGCAAUUUUGGGAUGUGAAUAACACAUGAAACUCAAUUUAAAUGCUUUUGGUGCGCCACUUCUAUUUAUUUAUGACUAUUUGUUAUAACAACACUGCUAAGAAUGAUAAAGGAUGUGAUUUUACUUCAAUUGUUUAAAAGAGAUGAUUUGACUACACGUUAAACAUGUAUUCUUGUACAUCAUAGCUUGCGACCCGAACUGGUAUCGUUCGCAGAAACUUUGACCCGGAUCUGCGGGUAUUUUUUUGACCCGCGGAUUCGGGGUUUUUCGGGUACCCUUUUGAGCACUACUUCCACCUACAACUUUGAAGCUUCAUAUGUAACUGCAACUUAAUGAGUUCCACACGCCACACUAAUUUUUGGGUCGCUAGGUAAAAGGUCAAGGUCACUGUGACCUCUAAAAAAAAAAAUUAAAAAAAUUAUUCUGACAAGCUUUCAUUUAUUCAAAACUGCACCCGCUAUGCGGUGCUGUUGUUUUGUUAAACUGUAACUUAGAUAAUCAGCCAAGUGUCUAGUUCUAUUUGUUCAUGAUAUGUCUUGCCUUUUAGACAUUUGCACAGACAUGGUUUUCGUAAAACAUUUUGAAACACUGGUAUGACGGAACAUUUAGAUGUAGUUUUUAUUCUCUGGUGAACAGAUAUAAAGUUGUUUUUGUUUUUUACAGGGUUUUUAUUAUUAUUAAUGCUUGCUCAUAAAAUAUUCGUUAUAUCUUGUUUAAGUAGAUUCAAAGUGAUAAUUGUUCCUUUUUCCCCUGUGUUGUAUGUCAAUUGUUGUUUUAAAUUAUAAUAUUGUGACAAAAAUAACAAGGACAGCGUUUUAAGUUACUUUAGACAUUAUUGAAAUAUGAUGUACCAUACAUUUUAGUUUGUUCAAUGUAGUCAUUUAUUAUGUAGUUACAUGUUUGGUUAGAGUUUUAAAAUGUUCUUUAUGAUGUACCGUUUCAAAAUGGAUUUGAAAGUAAAAAUGAAUUAAGAAAUACAAGCUUUAAUUGAAAAUUGACAACUACUAGAUACAUGUCUAAGAAUUAGCUGACUAAUUAUUAAGUCAUAUUUAAGUGGCAGAUAAUGGUUCAUGGUUGCAUGAUACAAUUACCUUGAAAUCCAUGAACACAAGCCCUGAGACGAACAGAAGAGCAUGUAGAUCGAUGUUUUCACCUACUGCUAUAGCGAUCAUAUCAUUCUAAUUUAUCAUUCUUCAAAUUGUUGCAUUAAAUAUACUUUUCCAGUAUUGGUAAAUGUUUGACGUGUGUAUGGAUUUUAAAAAGAUUUUGUUAUCUUGUAUUGGCUUUUGUUUUUAGGGGUACAUCUUGAUGUUGAUGGUCAUUUGUUAUAUCGAUGUAUGUCAUUGAUGUUAUUGUUUUGUUUUUAGUUUAGUUUCUACUCAGCCGGUAUCAUAUCACAUUUACACUUUCAGCGAGGUAUGAAUCUUAACUAUCAGAAUCUCAUUUUUAUUUCUAUUAUUUAAUGUUUUCCAAUUUGUUUUUACUAAUUAAAGUUAAAUUCGUUGAUUCAUAAUCACGUAUUUAAAUCAGGAAAAUUUUGGAUGAAAUGAACACAAUUUUUACAUGUUUGAUUUUUUUUCUAUUUAUACCACAUUUAUUAAUUUACAAGUACUUAGUCUAUUACAUUUUGAUAUGCAAUGUAUUUGUUAUUUAGGUCUUAUAAAAUUUGGUAGCUAACAAAGUAACUGUUUCAGUGUGAUUUACCAUAUGAUACUCUUGUUAAUGAAUUUGUUUCAGUGUGAUUUACCAUACCAUUCUCUAGUUUGCAGAUGCACAUUUCAUUGUCGCAUUGUGAUACGCAUAUGAUACUCAUUUGCGCACGCGAAUUUCACCGAUGUAUUUGUACACCCGUUUAGAUUAGACCAGUAGUCCAUAGUAUCUUAUUUGUUAUCAUAUUAAUAAAAUGAACACGUAUACAA